GAUUUCUUUUUGUUCUCUGUAUCUCCUUUUCGUAUUCGUCUUCCUGCCUGAUUCAGUAGCUGUGAUUGUAAUUUCUCUUAUUUCGGCGAUUAGGGUUUCUUCUGGUUCGAUUGUCCACGAGGCCCCACUAAUUGACUAAUUGCUAAAUAACUUGGUCCAAUUAACUUUUUUUUUUUUCAUUUUAGUGAUGGACUGUCAAUGUGAUUGUGCCUCGCAGCUUUGAUUUUCCUUGUUCACAUCAAUUUAUCUUUAUAAUUUUAUAUCAAUUUGUGUACGAGUAUGAAGGUUCCAUAUUCGGUUUUGGGACAUGGAACACUUUAGAAGUAUUGAACUAUGUUAUAGUGAUAACUAGAAUGUCAGAGUUGCAAUAUAAAAACUUUUUGACUAUUAUCAAUCCAUAAGUUAUUGAAUAUAAACUCUAUUAUCUACUUCAAAGCUCGCUAAAGUUUCAUUGAGUUUAGUACCUAUAGUUUAAGUGUCCGUGUAAUGGUGCUGGAAGUAUCAUCAUGCCCCAAAUUUGGAAAAUUUUCACAUUGUGGUUAGUUUCAGAGGAAGAACUUGUUCUAUGGUUAACUUUUCGAGUCGUUCUGUUCUACUUGCCAUCCAGCAUGUGAAAAUAGUCCAUACAAACGAUAUUAAAUGUCUUGGCUCAUGAGGCUCCCUUGAGCAUCACUACUUGCACGUAGAUUCAGUGAACUAGGAUUCUGUUCUCGCCUUUUGCAAGCUGGGGUUCCGCCGAGAAACUUCCUCAAGGCUUUUUAUGAGGACCUAGCAAAACUUCUACGAGCUGGAGAUAAUUGGUGCGAUCUUCUGUGAGGUUCCUCUCCCAUUUCUUCUUUUUCUUCCUUGGUUCCUCCUGAUCAAUGCCGAGUUGCACCACUUUGGGAGGAUAGAUGAAUAAGGAUCUGUAAAGACUACCCAAAUAAGUGGUCAAUGCUUGAUGGUUAUGGCUGUGCACCCCAGAAACGUUUAAGGUUCAAAACAAGUGUGGAUGCGACUGAAGCACAAGUGACGCAGGCGAUGCACAAAAUAGCUUCACAUAUAAAAAAUCGUGCAAAAUUUGGCAAGGCAUCAAAACUUGCCAUGCAAUUAAUCCAAGCCGGAAGUGUCAAGCCAGGAACUAGCAAUCAGUUUUUUGAUAUUCUGGAAGCUGCAAUGUCUUCUCCAUUAGUUUGUAAUGAGCCCUCAUUGAGAAUGGAUUAUCAAGCCUUAUUUUCAGCAGUUCAAGAUGUUGCAGAUGUUUUCAAUAAACAGCAGAGAAAUCAGCUGGCGACAUGGACUUUGCGGGCAGUUGUUGCUAAUGAUCUCUAUACUGAUGAUAGUUUUGUGUAUUCAAAAGCAGCUGGCAAGAUCAAAGAAGCCAUUUCUAGCCUCCCUCAAGCUACCGCAGAUGAUGAUAACGAAGAAGCCGCAGCAUUAGCACUAGCGGAGAACAACACAGUUGGCAAGGACACAGCUGAACAUGAGGCUACGUCAUCGGAUGCCCUCACUGAAACUGACAACAAUGCUUCUGAUCCAUUUGGAUUAGAUAGUCUGCUUCCAAGUAAAUCCAAGAAAGACGAACAACCCAAGACAAAAGAUGCAUUAAGUUUAAGCAGAAAAGCUUCCGACGACGGUGAACACAAGAGAUUCAUUAAAUCUCAAAGAGAGGUCUUAUUAUUAUGUUUGGACACUGCUGCUCGGCGCUAUAAAGUUCCUUGGUGUCAAACAGUAAUCGAUAUAUUGGUUAAGCAUGCUUUCGAUAACAUAGACAGAUUCACAUCUCAACAAAGAGAUGCGAUCGAGAAGCUAUGGGCUUCCAUUAGGGAACAGCACAUCAGAAGAAAACAGGGCAAAUCGGUGACCGGUAAACUCGACAUGAAUGCAUUUGAGUGGCUCCAGGAGAAGUACGCAAAUGAGAAGAUCAGCAUUCGACAUGCUGUUGGAGGCAGUGGUGAGCGACGUGCCCAACAGUGGCUAGGUUAACAUUAUCGAUGGCAUCAGAAAGUCGAUAUGAAACCAAAAUGUGAUCCCUCAUUUCGGAGAAAAUGAGGUGGCAAUGUAAUUGUACGUCCAAAGCUUUGGUGAUUACACUGUCAGUUCUAUAUAAACUUAGCUCAGAAUCUAAUGGAUCGAGAGAUACACAGCCUAGUUUGUUGUUGAAUUACAGUCGGAUGAAAAUUCUCAAUAUUAGAACUUCGUUUAUUAAUAUCAA